GCUUGCAAAAUGAAAACAACUCUUGCAUAAACUUUAUUUAUUACACAAGUGCAGAUAACAAGAGGCGUCGGAUACAUAGUCUGGAAAGAACAUGGCAGAGAAGCCUCAGCUGGUCAAUAAUUCACCAGAGGACAUUCAGACUGAUGACUGUAUGAGCACCUACACACACAUUUACAGUCCUGAUCUGCUCAUUGACCAGGUGGCAUUUAUAACAGGUGGAGGGUCAGGGAUUGGUUUUCGAAUAGCAGAAGUUUUCAUGAGGCAUGGUUGUGACACUGUUAUUGCCAGUAGAAACCUUGAGAAACUUACAGAGGCAGCAAAGAAGCUGACCGGCGCUACAGGCAGGCGGUGUUUGCCAACAGUGAUGGAUGUACGUCUGCCUGAGACAAUUUCUUCUGCCGUGGAAAAGACGCUGAAGGAGUUUGGACGCAUUGACAUACUUAUUAACAAUGCAGCAGGUAAUUUUCUGUGUCCUGCUACAUCAUUGUCAUUUAACGCCUUCAAGACCGUAAUGGAGAUUGACACCAUGGGAACUUUCAACACCAGUAAAGUGAUGUAUGACAAAUGGUUCAAGGAUCAUGGUGGCUCCAUUGUAAACAUUUCUGCCACACUGGGGUUCAGAGGUCAGGCUCUCCAGGUGCAUGCAGGCUCAGCAAAAGCUGCAAAUGAUGCCAUGACCAGACAUUUGGCAGUAGAGUGGGGUCCCAGUGGUGUGAGGGUGAAUACAGUGGCUCCAGGGCCCAUCUCUGGCACAGAGGGAUACAGUAGACUGGGUGGUACCCAUGCUGAGACAGCAGGGGCAUUUCGCAGCAUCCCUUUGCAAAGGGCCGGCAAUAAGACAGAGAUGGCACAUUCGGUUCUGUUCCUGGCCAGCCGUGCUGCUUCAUACGUCACUGGCUCUUUACUGGUUGCUGAUGGAGGGGCGUGGCUCACCUCGGCAAAUGACGUGGAACGGCUGCUGUGUAUACUCUCAUCUCGCUCUGCAAAACUUUGAAAAGAUGUGCGUGCAUUAGAAGACAGGCAUUUGGUCUGCAGAAAAAAGAAAAGAAAAAUAGCUUGAAUAGAAUGGAUGAAAUAAACCACAGUGGACCAGCUGACAACACCUUCAUGUCUGUGCAUAUAUUGAGUUAAGAUAUUGACAACUACAUAAUGUUUAAUAUUAGAUACAUGAACUGUGCCUUCACAUUGUAUAGCCAUUCCCAGAUGUUUCAACCAUGUUUCAUGUAAAGUAUCAGUAAUUACAGAUCAAAAUGUUGAUUUACUUGAAGCGUCCAUUUCCAGUGUAACUACUUUUUGUGGUGUAAUUGUCUGCAACAUUACAUGCAUCAUUUUUUAACCAAAACCUGCCUCGUAUUCUAAUAUGCAUAAACAGUUUUCGUAAAAAAUAUUUUAGAAUGCUUUUACUACAAUUUUAGGCAAUGUUGUUAGCUAUUAAUCAUAUUCAGUCGCAUGGGAAGUCGCCAAAGGCUCGCUGAAAUAUUGCUUAAAGUACCUAAAUCAUGUGAUGACCUCAUUUAUUAUGUAAUACAUCAAAUUUACAUAUGUAAAUGAAUUGCUGUAAAGAGCUACGGCAGUUCUUUAAAGGUGCAGGACCAUAUGUUUUUUUAUUUAUUAAUGAACUAAUGAUUUAACAAUUAGUAUUUAACUACUAAUCAUUUAGCCAUCACCAAUUGAACUUGUCAGAAAUUCAGACUAUUUAUUUUGUUUUGUAAUUAAACUGCAUUAAUGAACAAUGACAAAGUCCAAAUUUAUCCUAGCAAUAGUAACCAGAGGUAGGCAGCGGUGUAGUGUUGGGGAUGUUUUUUUUAUUAUUUAUUUUUAAACAUGGAUCUAUAUGCCUUAUUAUGCCUCACAUGGAACUGUU